AUGCCACAAUUAGAUACAUCACCCUGACUUAUCUCUAUUCUAUCAAUAAGUGAUUUACGUCUAUACCUUCUGAUACCUAUUAAAAUCUCAAAAAUUCUAAUUAAUAAUGAUAUUAACUGUCACCCCUCUGAGAUUACUAAAUCUACAAACCCAUGAAAUAAUAAAUGAACGAAAAUCUAUUUACCUCAUUCUCUACCCCUACAUUAA